AACAUGAACAACAGAGCCCAACGGGCUCAGAGCCACAUAGUGGCGAGGAUACUGGUCGGGUUAUUCAAGACAUUAAAAACGUGUAUCCUGAAGUUAUUGAUUUAUUUAGAGGAGUUAAUGAUUCAAUUUCAAAACAUUCUAUAA